AUAUUCAGAUGACAGUAGCGAAGUUUGGAGGAUCAUUGAGUCAUGCGUGGGAAAUACCUGUCUAAUAAUAAGGUCUAUCUAUAAAUAGAAUAUAUGCGACAAAGGUGAAACUGGGAUUUUACGUCAGUUUCGGUUAAACUCUGAACAAGCAGUUUUGCAUGAGAAACACCUGUAGACGGAAGGUUGAACCGUGAACAUGGACUAUUUCACUGACAUUGUCAUCUUGUGUUUCUUGCUGGGAUUGAGUGCUGGUCAGGAUGCAGGUACCACCACAAUGGGGCCCACUCCCAUGUCUAAAAUGGCACCACCCAACCUGCUCCCUCUCAUCGUACCAGUGGUCACCAUGAUAAUCUGUUCAGUCGUCAUCAUUGUCGUCAUCAUCCUCUAUCUACGGUGCUGUCAUCGCACGGCCGGAGAUAAAGUCUCAGAUGUUGAAAAAAGCAAAAAGACAGAGAAGACAAAAAGUACUGUAGGAGGAGAUAUGCCGUUGUUGAGCUUAGGAGGUUAUGAAAAAGAUGCAGAGUCCGUCCUAAAUGGAGCAAAAGACCAACUGAGAGAAAUAAAGAGCCUUGAGAAAAACCUAGGAAUUUCUGUUAAAGAAUUUAAAAACUUGAUGUGGCAUGCGACAUCAAUCUUAAAGUUAAUUGAUGAGGGUAUUGAUGAAGAAAGUGAGCCUAAAAAUCUGAAAGACGAACUGUUUUCAGAGGUGAACAAAAGGGUCGCAAAAGAUCCAAAAGACAAACCGGACGACGACGACGAUGACGAACCGAAGAAGAGAAGAAUAGAAAGUGCGCGGGAAAAACAGAAUCGUCUGUUCACCGAGACGAACAAAGUCUUGAACGAUGGUAAAAAGUUCAUCAAAGAAGCCAACCAAAAAGACAUCGAAAUACGGAAUUUUACAAAAGACGCUAAGAAAGCUUUAACCCAAGUCAAAGAUCGUGUGCGUGCUAUGAAGAAGCCUACAGAUAAGAAGAAGGAUGGUAAAUUGGGGAAAGCUGGAUCAGGGUAA